AUGAGGAUGCUGAUGAUAUGGGAAUUCGUUAACGAAAUAGUGCACACAGACAGUGAGGACAAUAUCGACUGGGAUCUCAGCUCUGACAACAAACACAACAAAGACAUCGAAGGAAAUAGCAAUAGCGAUGGCGGUGAUGGGAAUGACAGUGAUGAGGCUGAAGAUAACAUACCUGACGAACGCGGUCUGCCAAAAUUGGUACCCUGGGACCGUCCAAUAAACCGCGAACAUGAGUACGAUCAUACACCUGAGAACAUUGUAAACGGAUGUAUCGGGGAGGAAGAACUGCAUCCGCAUAGAAAAUUUCCCAAGCUAUGCUCGGGUAAAGUUGUAUUGCGAUACUCUUGCUGCCAAAAUGGGAGUUGUUCUAUGUAG